CAAAGCAAGUUUCUGAGGGAGGAAAAACCCUUAUGAAGUUCAUAGUGAUUUGUCUUUGACCAAUAAGGGCAAGAAGGAUAACAAGAAUUUAUCAAUUUUGUCAAUAAAUUCCCAAUCGAUGACCUCAUGCAAGAGGAAUCUUAAGACAAAAUUAUUGUCAACACUGCCUUUAACAACUCGAGCUGAGGGUUGCAGAACAGCUAAGAAGUAUUUUAAGCUUUCCCAGAAAACGCUUGAAAUGUACUAUCAAAAUAGGAAGAACUAUAGGGGAAAGAAUAACCAAGGCAGUGUGGACUCAAGCUCAAGAGGUAGCAUAAGGAUAAUUAAUACAACUGGAAAAAAGAAGUUAAUGAAGAAAUCAACAUCUAACUCAUACCUUCAUAUUACUCCUAAUUUGAAGCAGCAAAAGAAGGCUGUGAACAGUGGAAAGAAGAUAGAAUGGAAGAAGAACUCCUUCUUGAAAAGCGGUGUGACUAGAAAACUAGAAGUCAAACUAGACUCGAUGGCUAAAACAGGAAACCCACAUGUCAAGAUCCUUAACUAAGAUUAUGGGGCUGGU